UUAUGACACUUGCAUUGCAUUUUUGAUUAAGGUGACGUCAUGCCUUCUUGCUAAUGAAUAAUUAAUUGUUAAUCAUGAGAUAAAAGGGAUGGAGGACACAAGAUAGCUCUCCAUUCUUUUCUCUAACUCUCUCUUUGUUUUCAUUUAGUCCUCUCCCCUCGUCUACACUACCCCAUUCUAUCUCUCUAUUACUGCUGCCAUGAUGCUCCGCAGAAUGAAACUCGUUCGUUUAUUAGCUGUCUCUCUGCUGGUCUCGUUGGCUUUCCUCUUUCUACUGUACUUAGGACAGCCCACUGCAUCACCAGCAAACUUGCACGAACAACAUGAGGCAAAGGAAUUAUUUAUUGAGACAUCUCAGAAGAGAAGAGAUGACCUACCUGAUAAAAGGCAGCUGGAGCCAUUGAGAGGAAACCACCAAGAACUCGUGGGAGCCAAACCACAGUUUAAGAGACCCAGGGACCUCAAUUACUCACUGAGAGGUGCUGCAGGGGGAGCAGGAAGAGGAAUAAAUGAAUACCAUAGAAUGAAACAAACCGAAGGACUCCGCCCGAACAAGGGAACGUCAGUAAAUGAGAAUCGAUUCACAACUGAGGAAAAAAUAGCGACAUCGACCAAACAGGAAACUGGGAGAAUCGAACGAAUAAAUCAAUUCACAGAGAAGAUGAAGAUGGAAAUGUACAGAAUACACAAGAAAUAUGUAAUGGAGCGUUCCAAUGCUAGUAAACUCCUGCUAGGAGAGGCCUUUAGCCCUGAGGCUUAUCUCAGCCCCCAGCGUUAUCACGGUGGCCCAAAAGAAGUAAUGAGCAGAUUCCAAUUCAAUCAGUUAGCUAGUGACAAUACUCCUUAUAAUAGAUCACUCUGGGAUGUGAGGACUCACCAGUGUAUGAGGAGGUAUGAUGGCUCUUCUGCUUCUGAGCUACCAACCACUUCAGUUAUUAUAUGCUUUCAUAAUGAAGCCAGGUCAGCACUACUGAGGACUAUAUACAGUGUCCUAAGUCAUGAGCCAGCUAAACUGAUAAAGGAGAUUAUAUUAGUUGAUGAUUUUAGUGAUGAUAUUAAUGAUGGUGAAAUUCUUAGUGUUAUUCCCAAAGUGAAGCUUAUUCGAUUAAACGAGAGACAAGGUCUCAUAAGAGCAAGGCUAACGGGAGCAAGGGCAGCACAAGGUGAAGUCCUCACAUUCCUUGACAGUCACUGCGAGGUGACACCAGGAUGGUUGGAACCAUUACUAGCGAGAAUAAAAGAAGAUAGACGCCAUGUUGUGUCUCCAAUCAUUGAUAUAAUUCGUAAAGAUGACAUGAAAUACAAUCAGGCAAACGCUAACAUCAAGGGAGGUUUUGGACACAACCUCCUCUUCAAAUGGGAUAACCUCAACUGGCAGGAGCUGCAGCGCCGACGCCAGGACAAUACUGCCCCCAUACCAACCCCAGCAAUAGCUGGUGGGCUCUUCUCCAUUGAUAGAGGCUACUUCAAAGAGAUUGGUAGCUAUGACGAAGAAAUGGAGAUAUGGGGUGGAGAGAAUGUCGAGUUCUCAAUUCGUGUGUGGAUGUGUGGCGGUAGACUCGAGAUAAUGCCUUGCUCUCACGUUGGUCACAUAUUUCGUUCAAGCAUGCCAUACUCUUUUGGGAAGGGAAAGAGUUACCACACAACGGUCACAAGGAAUUUAAGGAGGAUUGCUGAAGUCUGGAUGGAUGAGUACAAGUAUUUGUUUUACAAUGCUAAUGCAGCUGCUAGAUCAAUACCAUUUGGCAAUGUGUCCUCAAGAGUUGAGAUAAGAAAGAGGCUCCAGUGUAAGCCUUUCAGCUGGUUUGUUGAGAAAGUGUAUCCUGACUUUGUUCCUAGUUCAAGAAAUGAAAGGAUGCAGACAACCAUUCGUAUCAAGCAAGGGGUCACUGACUGUCUCCAAUGUCAGGACUACACUGCUGGCCUCUAUAAGCUAAUGGUCAAGGAGUGUGAUGUCUCAAAUAAUAGAAAUAUGUGGACUUUUACUCCUAAGGGUCACAUCAAGCACGAGACACUGUGUCUCACGGCUGCUAACAGUGUCCUCCCUCCUGCUCAUCAGUUUAGAUCCACAAUUGGACUCCUCCCUCCUCCAGGGAUCAGUCUCUCGUUCUGUCACGUACACACGGACCCUAGUCAGGUAUUUGAGACUGAGAGGGUCAGUAAUAGGAGGAUCAGGGGAGAUCCAAAGAGAGACUCUUUUGUUAAGAUAAAACACAAAGCGACCGGUUACUGUUUAGCGAAGCAUGAAGAAACUCAGCUUGCAGUUUUACAAUCUUGUGACACUAACAGUGACUCUCUUCAGAUCUGGUCGUUGACACUGUAGUAGGCUAUCACUUAUUAUUAUUAUUACUAUUAUUAUUAUUAUUACUACUGAUCAUCAGACUACUCAUUUUUCUAUUUUUGCCCUUACCCAAUGUCUCCUUCUUUUAAGUUGUCUCCUUCCUCUCCAUUUUCA